AUGCCAACCGAUUCACCUUCGUCACGACGUUCUUGCGGAAGUAAGCUGUCGGUUCGUUCGUCUCCACGAACGCAUUCCUUCUCUUCCGCCUCGCCAAUCAUUUCUGAAGGGCUUUGCUUUGCGGUCAAGGAACUUUCUACGGACAAGCCAUCCGAUGACGGCUACUACACGCCACCGGACGCUACCCGACAUAGUGGUGACAUCCGAACGUCACUCAUACCUUCGUUUGACACCGUGGAGAAAAGUGGCUACUGGAAUCAGAUGUCCGAUUCUCGAUUGAAGUCGUUGAAACGAAGAUUCGUCGUGCUCAAAAAUAAUCAGCUCAGCUUUUAUAGAACCGCUAAAACCAUUUCAAAAGGAGAAGAUCCCCUGAUGACGAUAGCCGUGUCGGACAUAAUUUCUGUGGCCAAGAUCUGCCAACAAGGCUCUACUUACGCGUUUCAGUUGGUGACGCAAUCGGCCAAGUACCAUUUCAUGACAGAGAGCGAAAGGACAACUCACGAAUGGGUCACCACAUUAAACGCCGUUAUUAAAGGUGAGGUUAUUAUACUUGUAAGAUAG